AGAACACAGGGAUGAAGUCUGACAAGUGUCUGAAUCAGGCUGAUGAGUCAGAAUGACACAUUUUCUGGCUCCUCAGGCUGCCUGCAGCGGGAACGGCUUUAGGCGGGAACACAUACUGACUUGUGCUCUGUCUUUACAGUUCUGUACGGAGCUAAACCAGCCAAUCCUGCCCAACAUCCGCAAGUGGAAGGGGCCCCGAGGAUGCUGGAAGGCCGUUGUUUCGGAGAAGCCCUCGACUCAGCUCCAGAAGGGCGCUGGGUUUGCAGGGUUCCUGUGGGACACAGCGGCCGGGGUGGAACUGAGAGAUGCCACCUGGCAGGAGAGCUCACCCGGCAAUGGGCACGGGAAGCCCGCAGGCCCCAGCCCGUACCUCGUGAGGUUCAAGGUGGGAAGUCAUGACUUGACCCUGGUGAACCUUCACCUGGCAGCCCUGACCCUCCCAGGGGGUGAGAACCCAAGCAAGAGUCACAGUGACAGCCACUGCUGGGCUAGCUUCGUGCAGACCUUGCAGGAAACCCUGAAAGGCGAAAAAGAGGUGAUAGUUUUAGGAGAUUUCGGCCAGGGGCCAGACAGCAGUGACUAUGAUAUCUUGAGGAAAGAAAAAUUCCACCACCUGGUCCCCGCACACACCUUUACCAACAUCAGCACCAAGAAUCCCCAAGGCUCGAAGACUCUGGACAACAUCUGGAUCAGUAAAAGCUUAAAGAAGGUUUUCACAGGUUGGGUUCUCGCUUAGGUCCCCGUGAGACCAGGAUCGUAAUGCCCAUUUCACAGCCGAAGAAACUGAGGCCUGGAGAGCUUCACCUCCUGAAGGUCACACAAGCAGUAAGUAAAUAGACGGGAUCCACACUCAGUACAAAGCCCACGCACACAUGUCAACCCUGUGCGGCCGACACUGACGUGUGAGAGUGUUAACAGUGAACGUGUGGACCACCGUCACCACCCGUGGGAACCCGGUGGCUUGUUGGGCCCAGGGCCGGAUGGGCAGUCGGAGGGGCCCGUUGUCCAUCAAAGGCCACCUUUGGGGCCACCUGGCUCCAAGGAGCAUCACUGGUCUUGAGCAUGGGAAGGAAGCCCCUUUCUGGGGGCUCUGCAGGUACCUGGGCAUCAGCCAGGCCCACGCCCAGGGGGUGUCUCUUCAGUGGGAGGGUGAGCAGCUCCCGGAGGCCCGGAACCUGCGCCGGCUGAGCCUUGGCCGAAAGCAGCCGAGUUCGAAUGAAAAGUCGUGGCGGGUAGGAAAGGGUGCUCCCCAGCUGAGCUGACCUUUUUUGGUGCUUCAUCUAAAAUUAAAAGCUCCACCUUGCAUUCACCAGCCAGAUGCCCCAAGUCCUUUUAGCCAGAUUUUUGCAGCAAAACUGUGGGAAGGGCUUCUUAAGUAAGGAAAGAGGGGAAAGAAAUCCAGUUAAACAACCUUUGUGAAGGUCAUCUGGUUUGACCCAGAGGCUGGGGAGCUAAACUGCAGUGGCCACACCUGCUAUAAUGGAGUUUGCGCAGGACUUCUGCUUAGCCUCGGCUGGACGCAAACUCACACCACAGACACAGAGUGGGGGCACUUGUCACCCGAGGGCCCCAGGAGUGGGGUCAUUGCUUGGUGGCCACAGGCCCGGGGUUUGGAACCAGCAGACCUGGCUGCUGAGAGCCAGCUCUGCCAGGUCCAAGGUGCGGCCCCUGCAGGGUGUGUUUGUCUGGCUGAGUCCCAGGAGUCUAACCUAUUAAACGAGGAUAGAAUCCCUCAGGGUUGCAGAGAAUAAAUAACAUCUAUAAAGUUCUUAGCAUACUGUCUGACCACAGGGCACAACUCCAGGGGGAACCGUUCCCCAGGACACAUGGUGAGAGCUCAAUAAGCAGCAGCGUUUUUUUAAAAUUAUUUUAAGUUAUUUAUUGUUUACAUUUUAUCCCCAGAGUUCCCCUCAACUGGAACAUGAGCUUUGUGGUUUCCCAACAGUGUGUCAUCCUGGACUGUCCACUGGUCCAGCUGAGCUCUCAAAAAGAAGGAUCCCCACCCAGUGGAGCGUGUCACGAGGACACUGGUCAUGCGGCCCGCAUUCCACUGAAAAAGACCAAAAGUCCCCGUAAGGGUCCAAGACUGCCCCUCACGGUUCCCCCUGGUGGAGAAACUUGGUAGGACACCCAGUAAGUCAUCUCCCAGGGACGGAACCUGUGAUUUGUUCUAUUUGAGUUGACAGGAGACGGCAGACUGACUCUGUCUUCCAGAAGGAGUAAAAGCCGGGCUCAGACGUGGCAUCUUAAGCGGCAUCAUCGCUGGGCACACUUAGCCUUUGAAAGUCUCGAUUGCCAGCCAGGCUGCGGAAUGGUGGAGCCUUUCCCUAGUAGAGCGUUAGGCUGUGGAAGCAGCUGUCUGGUCCUCUGCUAGCACCUGGCCGCCUAGUCUCCUCGCUGCCUGGGCCUGUGAGCCUUUAGCCCAGAGGCAGGAUUUUCAUAAAACUUCCAGAAUUAAAAGCUUAAGUUUUCUAGAAGCGAUAAGAUUAAUUAAUAAUCAGAUGGUCUGUGUCUUCCCUCUUCCCCUGCACAGUAAAUAUGAGAGGAUUGAGUAGAGCUUAAAAUCCAAAGAAUACUUAAAUUUACAAAUUGUGGAUAGUUGUUGAAGCUGGAUGAUGGGAACACAGGAGUUCAUGUCACUCUUCUUUCUACUUUUGUCUAUGUUUGAAACGUUCUAUGAUCACAAUGAAAUAAAUGCAUAAAUAAUAAAAGGCCCAAGCCCCCUCCCCCCAAAAAAAGACAUUGUUCGAAGAUUUACACUUUUUAACAGAAUAAAUACUACAUUUCCCUGUAGACCAGGUGUGCUGAAGUCCUCACAGCAGAAGUGGAUACACGUGAAGGAGAUUAAGUCCUAUAAUUCUUUCUUUUUAUGCCACUCCCUGAAGCAGCAUUUUGCUAGGAAGGAGUCACUGAAAGUGAUAGUGUUUCAUUCUAGAAUGGGGAAAUUAAAAUAUAUGUAUUUGGAGGGUAAAUUAGAAGUACCAGAGAGAAGAAAGGGAUAUUUAAAAGCCCUGGGGACUUCCCUGGUGGCGCAGUGGUUAAGAAUCCUCCUGCCAGUGCAAGGGACACGGGUUCGAGCCCUGGUCUGGGAAGAUCCCACAUGCCGCGGAGCGGCUGAGCCCGUGCGCCGCAACUACUGAGCCUGCGCUCUAGAGCCCGCGUGCCUAGAGCCCGUGCUCUGCAACAAGAGAAAAGCCACCACGAUGAGAAACCCGCGCACCACAAUCAAGAGUAGCCCCCACUUGCUGCAACUAGAGAAAGCCCGUGUGUAGCAACGAAGACCCAA